AGUUGUCGCUGGAAUACUCAUGAUGGUUGCUCCUAGGAUCAUCACCGCCCCGGUCAUGGGCGUAGCCAGAGUGCUGGGCUUUACUCCGAGAGGCAUUGCCGCCAAGUCGGUUGCGUCAGGAGCCCAAUCAGCUGCCGGCAACGUCGCUGCCAGGGGCGCUUUUGCCACUGUGCAGAGCGCUGCAGCUGGAGGAUACGGUACGGGUGUGCUUGCCAGUAUAGUUCGAGUCACAGGAGGAGCUGUAGCUGGCGCGGGCUUAGGAAUUAGCUUGGGGGUGGCCAUCGACAUCCUCCGCCAUGUCGUGUAGAGCAAAGAAGGCUGCUCAAGAUGCCAGUCCCAACCUUCUGGCUUGAGAAGUUGAUACAUGUAUUCGAAGUAAAUCCGUGCCCAAAGUACAGCCAGAAACCAGGUCACGGCCCGUGCCGUUUUGGGCAAAGGACCACAUGCAGUCUGUACCUUUAAAAAUGGAACUUCAUGCU